AUGGCUCAUGCUUUGCCGGAGUGCGAAGCUUUCAGACUGCCUUCACCAAGUUAUGAAUUGCAACGGUCGUUCGUACUACCAGUUCUGGUGGUCGCUGGGGUAUUGUCAGGAGCAAAAUUGUUUGAGACAGCCGAUGCGAAAGAAAGAUACACCAAGAGACGAUGAGCCUGUUGGACUUGUUUCAGAAGAUUGUUUCGAAGACCAGUAUGUCGCUGAGAAAUCGAAGGAGAAGAUAGAUGCCGAUUCCCAGGAAGCCGAACAGAUCGACUAG